AAAAUCAUUAGGCAGAAAAUAGCCACUAAGUAAUCAGGUAGAGAGAACUCGCGAAAACGUCGUCGUUCUGAGAUAUCACUCCAUUGUAGGUUGGUUUAACCGGCACUAGCUUCUCGCCGCCGGCAAGUAAACCCCCGAGUUUCAUUCCACCGGUGAGAUGGAGAAAGGCGAAGCGAAGAGCAAGAAACCUCCUCGUCUCUGCUGCAUCUGUAACGAGAGACGACCCGUCCUCAAAAGAGCCAAAACCCUUCAACAAAUAUGCAGAGAGUGCUUUUACGAGGAGGAGAUUCACCAAGCCAUCGUCAAGAACCGGCUGUUUAAAUCCGGAGAGCGUGUUGCUAUAGGCGCCUCCGGUGGAAAAGAUUCAACGGUGCUGGCUUAUGUGUUAUCAGAGCUAAACAGACGCCAUAGCUAUGGGUUAGACCUCUUCCUUCUCUCCAUUGAUGAAGGGAUCACAGGUUACCGUGAUGAUUCUCUCGAGACCGUUAAAAGAAACGAACUCCAAUAUGGGUUGCCUCUUCAGAUUCUUUCGUACAAAGAUCUGUACGGAUGGACGAUGGAUGAUAUUGUGAAGAUGAUUGGUCUGAAGAACAAUUGCACCUUUUGUGGUGUCUUCCGUCGCCAGGCGCUUGAUCGAGGAGCUGCAUUGUUGAAAGUAGAUAAGCUGGUGACUGGACAUAACGCAGAUGAUAUAGCUGAAACGGUUCUCUUGAACAUACUUAGAGGAGAUAUCGCUAGAUUGAGUCGGUGCACAUCGAUCACUACAGGUGAAGACGGUCCAAUUCCAAGGUGUAAACCUUUCAAAUAUACAUACGAGAAGGAGAUUGUUAUGUAUGCGUAUUUCAAGAAGUUGGACUACUUCUCAACCGAAUGCAUAUACUCUCCUAAUGCUUAUCGUGGGUUUGCACGUGAGUUCAUCAAAGACUUGGAAAGACUAAGGCCAAGAGCUAUUCUGGAUAUCAUCAAAUCCGGUGAAGACUUCAGAAUUGCGACGACCACAAAAAUGCCUGAGCAAGGGACGUGUGAGCGUUGCGGCUACAUUUCUAGCCAGAAAUGGUGCAAAGCGUGUGUGUUGUUGGAUGGAUUGAAUCGUGGUUUGCCCAAGAUGGGCAUUGGAAGAGCUCGAGGAGGAGGUGUAAACGGUGGUGAUCAUAAGAAGGAAACUACUGUGAAAACUCUUGAGAGCAAGCAAUGUGGAUCUCUGGAUUUCUAAAUUUUGAGAGAAGUGGUCUAAAAAUGCAGAAACUGGUUCUGUAUAGAAGAAAAUGUUAAAAUACAUCAUUGUUUGUUAGUGAUUAUUGAAAUUUUUACUACAUUAAUGAUCCAGCUGGUCAACUUGACCAAACUCAAUCCAGCCUGGUUUUGACAAUCAUGCAUUAAAUGUUCCACUCAAGUCUUCUGAUUUGAAAUUUAAAAACAGCUUACUACUUU